AGGACUAGGAUGCAACUCAAUUCUCUUGCCUUCAACUAGAAUCAGAUUCUUCCACAGAGACCCAAGAAGGGUGACCCCAAGCUGAAGUAGAUGAAAAAGAAUCCAUGAUCUUUAAAUAAAUGCAACAGCUUUAUGUUCACUUUUCAAGCAUCUCAUCUCGCACUCCUCUGCCAAACAAAUACAUCUGCUAUCUGCAUCAUGUCACACAAGUUUUACUGCAUGACUAUGAGGAUGAAUAUCGAUUGCAAUGGCUGCUACAGGAGGAUCAAGCGAGCUUUGAUGCAGAUGCAAGAGUUGGAGAGCCAUUUGGUGGAGAAGCAGCACUGCAGGGUAAGUGUGUGCGGAACCUUCAUCCCCCAAGAUAUUGCAAUUCAAUUAAGGAAGAAGAUUAAUCGACGAGUUGAGAUCAUGGAGAUCAAGGAAGUGGAGGUUACCAACGAUGGAGCUGUAGCUCUGAAGCAACUGUAAACUUGUCCUUAUGGAUCAGGCAUGAUUCUCUAAUCUUAAUUGUGUAGGUAGAUACAUAAAAGAAGUUUAUGAUGAUGAUAGGCA